AUGCUCAAGCCACUUACGGCCAUCGUGCCUCAGCUUGCGGCAGGAGUGACUCUGGCUCAAGGGCAAGCGGCGCCCGUCUCCUAUUCCCUCCAAGUCCUCUCCUCAUCUCCGUACGCCUUCGCCAUCACAAACAGCGAGGGCGAGGCUGUCGUCACAAACGCCGCGACCCUAGCAGGCAAGACAAAUACCUCCAUGACCGCCGUCUCUGUGGACUCCAAGGACACACGGAUCAGCACGGAGUUCAUAACACCCUCCAUCGUCCGAGUGACAACCUCAACAUCAACGGAGAACUUCCUCUGCGCCCAGUUCAAUGUCUCCACCGACGCAAAGCACUAUGGCGUUUGGUCGUACCCGUUCAACCGCUCGAUCAUCAACGACGACAUCGCAUUCGACAUCAAAGGACUGCAAGGGAACGACGGGAUCAACUACGCUAGUGCGCGCUCCCCCUUCUUCAUCGACAGCUCCGGCUUCGCGGUCUAUGCGGACACACAGGCUAUGGGGUCGUACGAGUUCCCUGCUUCGACCAGCGACGGCCAAGGCCAGAUUUCAUUCCGGUUUGACACUACAGAUCUGACGUACUACAUUAUCUUGCCCCGCUCCGAUGGGAGGGAUAAGUUUAAGAGUCUUCUAACACAGUAUGCGAGCCUCACGGAUCCGUCCCCGCUCUGGUCGCCUAGGGGGUAUGGGCCCAUGUUCUGGCAUAAUGACUUCCAGCGCGAGAGUGCGUGGCCGGAGGGGGUGAGUAGUGCGCAAGAGUUUGUGGCUGACGUCGUCGAUAAGCUCGCUGGGGAGAAGGUUAGGGCUAGUGCUAUUAUGGUUGAUCGGCCGUACGGCACCGGUACAGAGGGCUGGGGGAACUACGACUUCGACCCUGCAUACUGGCCUGAUAUCAGCGGGUUGAUCAGUGAUGUUGCAGAGAAAGGGUUGGACUUUCAGGUCUGGGUAGCGAAUCGCGCCGUCCCUGCCUCUAAACUCCACAACCAGAGUCUCGCAAAUGACUGGCUCUUCCUCGAAGCCCAAACGCCACUCCAACAGGGCCUGGCCCUGAACCUCUCAAUCCCAGAAACGUACACCUACCUACAACAACAGAUGAACUUCUUCCCCGAGCUAGGCGUCAGGGGCUACAAGAUUGACCGUGGCGACGAAAACGAGAUGCCGAUCCAUGAGGAAAACCGGCAAACCUACCUCUUCCACAAACUCAUGUAUGAGAACCAAGCAGCAUACUGGGGCGGCGCCACACCGACCAAACCAGCGGGCUUCUACACAUUCGCCCGCAGCGUCCACGACAGAUCCAGACAAUACACCGGCGUCUGGGCCGCAGACCCGGCUUCAACCGAGAACGGCCUGGCACAAAGUAUCCGCCACGGCAUCCGUUCGGGACUCUUGGGGUUCCCGAUGUGGGGAAGCGAUUGCGGCGGGUAUACGCGGCGAGUCGGGGACGGCCGCCCUUCUAAGGAUCUUUGGGCGCGCUGGAUGUGGUUUUCCGCAUUCAGCCCUGUGUAUGAACUUAUGCUGUAUGAGGGAAGUAUACCCUGGUACGACUACUCGGAUGAUCUGAUGGACGUACUCCGCGCCACGGCUCAGUUGCACACUGAGCUGAUCCCGUUUAUCCAGAGCUAUAUCUACCGCGGGGGUAGAGAUGGUUUACCAGUGAUACGGGCGUUGUUCCUCGAGACGCCGGAUGAUGACAAUGACCAGGUCUGGCGUGGUGACCAGGCCUAUUUCUUCGGUGCGGAGUUCCUUGUUGCCCCGAUGACAGCUGAUACGCGAACCGUUUAUUUUCCUGGAAGUGGCAACGACAAAUACCUUGAGUAUUUCAGUAAGAGGGAUGUGUAUAAGGGUGGGACCGAGCAUACAUUUACGCUCAACACCUCUUCCGUCCCGGCGUUCGUGCGCGAAGGCGCCAUCGUACCGAGGGGCGACUUGUACCGCGCUAACAACCGCUGGGAUGAGGAGUGGCGACCGUGGCUGAAUGUUGAGGUGUAUCCGGGGUAUGGUGUUGAAGAGUCUGACUUUGUUUACUUCGAUGAGGGGCGCGGAAGGACGGUCGAUAUUGCCAUGGUGGCUGAGAAGAGAUCUAAAAGGGUUUGCGUGGAGUAUGGAGCGCUGGGUGUGCAGGGGGAGCUGAGGGUGUAUCUAAAGCGGGAUGUGAAGAGAUUCAAGUUGAAAGAUAGGGGAGGCAAGGAGUGCAUAAGGGGCGUUGAGACCCUGUUUGAGUAG